UAUCCCACUCACAGCAUGUCUUUAUUAGCUGGGUACUAUUCAGCGUGAAACAAGUUGCAAGGAACCGUUCCUUGCGGCUGCAUGGAUCCUCGGUUUGUCGGGUGAUCAUCUGAAAAGGCGGUGUUUGUUGCGUCACGCGAAUUGUGGACGCGGAUGUACGGUAGUCGUGAACGGCCAUAAAAUGUCGAUAUCUGCGCUCUUGGACACAUCGAUCUUUCUGUGCUGCAAUCACUACGAUGUCUCCAACUGUUCUCAUUGUUGGCGCAGGACCUUCGGGCCUUUCCCUAGCUCUCGCUUUGACCCAGAAUGGCGUCUCUGUUCGAAUCAUCGACAAGCUUUCUUCGUAUAGAGUUGGCCAGAAAGGCUCUGGUAUCCAGCCCAGGACCCUUGAGCUGUACAAGCUCCUCGGCGUCCUCCCUGAUGUCCAGAAGAAAGGCGGAGUACCUCAACCCAAGUUACAUUAUCUUCCUUCGGGGGAGGCUAAGAUCGUCGAGGUGUUAGACUUCAUGGAAAAUACCCCCGAUCGACCCUAUAUCAACCCUAUCAUACUAGGGCAAGACCGACAUGAAGCUAUCCUGCGCGAACACUUAGCUAGAUCUGGUGUUGCCGUCGAGUUGGAGACCGAGUUGGUGUCUUUUGAACAGUUCCCUGACCGAGUGGUCUCUCGCGUCGCCAAGGCUCGUGAUGGGCAGCAGUUCGAGGAAUCCAUCGAGAGUCAAUACAUCAUCGGCGCAGAAGGUGCUCACAGCGUUGUGCGUAAAACUCUGGGUUUGACGUUCCUUGGGGAGACACGGAAGGGAGAUAAUUUGGUCGUGGGUGAUAUCCAUGUCAAGAAGCCGCUCUUGGACAGAGAUGUAUGGCACGUAUGGGGUGAACCAUCGACAAAAGCAGUGACUCUGCGACCUUUCGAGACCAAAGACGACGACAAAUAUACUUUCAUCUGUCUGGGUCGUGAUUUGGAUUUCGAAAAGAUGGCGUCUAGUCGAGAGGAAUUUAUCAAAGGGUUUUAUGAAACAAGUGGACGCACCGAUAUCGAAUUCGGUGAUCUCAUUUGGAUAUCCAACUUUCAACCCAAUGUUCGAAUGGUCAACGAUUACGGCUCUGGCAGAGCUUUUGUUGCCGGAGAUUCCGCCCAUGUUCACAGCCCUACUGGUGGCCAGGGACUCAACACUGGUAUCCAAGACUCUGUCAACUUGGCUUGGAAGCUCGCCCUUGUCCAUAAAGGCCUGGCUCCCGAGGGUCUCCUCGCCAGUUACUCCCAAGAGCGUAUCCCUAUCAUCGCAGCAAUGCUCAACAAGACUUCUGAACUCCUGAAUAAGACUUUCAAGCCCGGAGGAGGUGGUUGGGUCAGAGGCUACGAGCUUCGUCAGCUAGGCGUCAACUACCGCGGCAGUCCCGCAAUCGUGGAUGAAACUCCGGUCGAGGGUGAAGAGACCAUUGACCCAUAUCGAUCAGGUAACGACGGCACCGUACGGGGCGGUGACCGAGCCCCCGACGCUCCUGGCCUCGUAUUCAUCGAUGAUUCCUCGCACAAGACCAGUCUUUUUGACGUCUUUGGAUCAUCCUACCACACGGUGCUCAUCUUCUCUGACGAGAAUACCGCGCUUCUGGAUGCUCUGAAGAAUUACCCCACCGGUAUUAUCAAGUCCGUGGUCAUCGUUCCGCAGCGACCAACGGGCGCUAUUUUGGCCGAUCAAGUACUGGUGGAUGGUGAUGGCUAUGCAUACAAACACUACAACAUGGCAGAGAAGCUUACCAAGGUUGUUGUGGUCAGACCUGAUGGGAUCAUUGGGGCACUUGUGAGUGGUGUAGAUGGGCUGAACCGGUACUUCAAGAAGAUUUUCGUGUAAUUUUUAUAUCGUUAGAAACUUGUAGCUAUACCGAUAUUACAUAUGUGUACGCAUACAUAUUUUGGUCAACCGUGCUCUCACUCAGGAUAUUAAUAUCGUUGGUCUCCAUGUAUACUCCUUUAGAAGUAAGCGU